AUGCACAACCCAACAUGCAACCCAGCAGCUAAGUCAUCUUUUUACUGUGACACGUUUAAUGUGUUGGUGAUUCCCAACCCUCUGUUUGACCUGGCCGGGAUAACAUGUGGACACUUUCUGGUUCCCUUCUGGACCUUCUUCGGGGCCACUCUGAUUGGGAAAGCAGUAAUUAAAAUGCACAUCCAGAAACUUUUCGUUAUUAUAACAUUCAGCAAACAUAUAGUGGAGCAGAUGGUGUCCCUCAUUGGUGCUAUUCCAAGUAUAGGUCCUUCUCUUCAGAAGCCAUUUCAAGAAUAUUUGGAAGCUCAGAGGAUAAAACUCCACCACAAACACGACACCGGUAUGCCGCAGGGUGAAAACUGGCUGUCGUGGAUGUUUGAAAAAUUGGUGAUUGUCAUGGUUUGUUAUUUUAUCUUAUCUAUAAUCAACUCCAUGGCCCAAAGCUAUGCCAAAAGGCUGCAACAGAAGAUGUACUCCGAAGAGAAAACCAAAUGAGCUCGGAAAAAGAACUGGGAAUGGGCUUUAGCAGACACAAAAAGUGACGCUUCUUUCCAUACGUUUAAAAUUCAGCAUUAUUCAAAAUGGGGGAAAACUUUUUAACAUCAACUUUGAACUAAGGCAGGUUUUUAUUUUAUUUUGAAAAUAAUUUGGCUAUUAGAACAGACGUUUCACUGACAAAACUUAAAGGUGUUAAGGUAAGGUAUGAACGCUUUAUACGUCUGAGUUGUAUCGUAUGGCAUGGACAAGGUGAUGUUAAAUUGUGCUUAACACAGAUGUUGUCCAUCCAAAUUACUUCCAAAACCGAUGGUUUAGUAUUUCCUGAUUUCAUUUCAGACUGACCUAAGGGUAACCUUUAUUUUGAAGGGCGGCUCUUUUGCUUUUUUACCUUAAUUUUCAAGACCAUCAAGAUGUAUAUAAAUGAAUACAAAUUGGAUAAAAACUGUUGCAUGUCCCUCGUGGUAAGGUUAUUCCAUUUGAAUUCUCCGGUGUCCCAUUGCAUUGCACGUGCUCUUGGUUGGAAAAGCCGCCCUUUAAUCGUCACGAUGUUAGCAGAGAUGAUUGAUGUCAAAAUGCUGAAGCUGACAUUUUUUUUAUUCUGUAUAUUUAGAAUGAAGUUAAGAUAAAACUUUAUAAAGUCAUCUUUGAUCAUUCCAGAA